AAUUACCCUUUAGUGGAUAUCGAGUUGUCUAUUGAUAAACAACCUUCUAGUCCUAAUGAUGACGCAGAUAGAAACUCAUCAAGAAUUUUUUCAAGAAAGUUAUUAGUCGGAGGAUCUUUGGUCAUUGGAAACGUCUCGAUGUACAAUCCUUUAGAACUUGAUCAGUUGAAGGCACAUUAUCAUGAAACAUGUUGGAAAAUCAGUAAAAUUUUCAAGUCAGCUAUGUUACAAUUAAAAUUGAAAGACAUUGAAGGUUCAAAUGGAAAUCCUAUCACCAACAUGAAGGUUUUGAGAAACUUCCCAGAAAAGCAAAUAAUUAAACCAUCUCAACAAUUGUUUAAAGAUAUCAAUGAAGCUUUAAAUAACAUAAAUCCAUACAAAUUAUUGACCAAAGUUUUAUCAGAAUAUGAUUAUAUGGUUUGUACAGAGAUUACUAUGGGAGGAAGAUUAG